GGCCUGUCAACGCUGCCCCGCGUAGCCUAGAGUACCGAGAUUCCAACUGCGGUUUUCACUCGUGCUCGCGCCCGGACUCUCGCACUUCUGUUACUUCAGUAGUCAGUCCUCUGCCGAUCAGUACGCGGGGCUUGGUUCUCCAACUGAGUGCCAAGCAGCCAAGCAUGAUGAGGCGGGCAGCAUUGCGGCUUUGUGCCUUGAGCAAAGAGCUGCUUACUCCUGGCAGAGGACUGACUCAAGGAUCCCAGGAUCCUGGGAAACAGGGAAUCUUCCACAUUCAAGAAGCAUGUUCACCAGUACAUGUGAAUCAUGUUCGAGAUAAGUUGCGGGAGAUAGUAGGAGCAUCUACAAACUGGAAAGACCAUGUGAAAGCAAUGGAGGAAAGGAAGUUACUUCACAGUUUUUUGGCUAAGUCACAGAAGGAACUGCCACCUAGGAGAAUGAAGGACAGUUAUAUUGAAGUUCUCUUGCCUUUGGGUAGUGAGCCUGAAUUACGAGAGAAAUAUUUAACUGUUCAAAAUACUGUAAGAUUUGGCAGGAUUCUUGAGGAUCUUGACAGCUUAGGAGUUCUUGUUUGCUACAUGCACACCAAAAAUGAUUCAUUGAAGAUGUCUCCUUUAUCUAUAGUUACAGCCUUGGUGGACAAGAUUGAUAUGUGUAAGAAAAGCUUAAGCCCAGAACAGGACAUUAAAUUCAGUGGCCAUGUUAGCUGGGUUGGAAAGUCAUCCAUGGAAGUGAAGAUGCAAAUGUUCCAGUUGCAUGGUAAUGAAUUUUGUCCUGUUUUGGAUGCAACAUUCGUAAUGGUGGCUCGUGAUGCUGAAAAUAAAGGGCCAGCAUUUGUAAAUCCACUCAUCCCUGGAAAUGUGGAGGAAGAAGAGCUCUUUAGACAAGGAGAAUUGAAUAAGGGGAAAAGAAUUGCUUUCAGUUCUACUUCAUUACUCAAAAUGGCUCCCAGUGCCAAGGAGAGGAAUACCAUACAUGAGAUGUUUCUUAGCACACUGGAUCCAAAGACUAUAAGUUUUCAGAGUCGAGUUUUGCCUCCUAAUGCAGUGUGGAUGGAGAGUACAAAACUGAAGAGUUUGGAAGUUUGCCACCCUCAGGAACGGAACAUUUUCAAUCGUAUCUUUGGUGGUUUCCUUAUGAGGAAGGCAUAUGAACUUGCAUGGGCUACUGCUUGCAACUUGGGUGGUUCCCGAUCAUUUGUGGUAGCAGUGGAUGAUAUCAUGUUUCAAAAACCUGUUGAAAUUGGCUCAUUGCUCUUUCUUUCUUCACAGGUAUGCUUUACUCAGAACAAUUACAUUCAAGUCAGAGUACACAGUGAAGUGGCCUCUCUUCAGAAUAAAGAGCAUAUGACCACCAAUGUCUUUCAUUUUACAUUCAUGUCAGAAAAAGAAGUGCCCUUGGUUUACCCUAAAACAUAUGGAGAAUCCAUGUUGUAUUUAGAUGGGCAGCGGCAUUUCAGCUCCAUGAGUGUCCCUGUGAGCUUGAGAAAAGACUACCGUGUGGAGCCCUAGGAAAACCUCACUUGUUGCAAACCAGCACUCCACCUGCAGUGACAUAGUGCCUAAUGAAAGCCAAUCAAGUGUAUUUGGUUUUAGUAUUGCUUCUUAUCCUUAAUAUACAAGGAGAAUGUAUUCAGCUUUUAGGAUAUUCAGAAAAGCAGAACGAGAGCAGCUGGGUGAGGCUGAGAUGAUAAAGUUAUUAAACAAUAAAUACUUUAAAAACUGUA